UGUUACGACUAUACUAGCGCCGAUGUCGUGAUCGGUCUCUAAAAUUUCUAAGAUGCCUUGACGCCUUCGAAAUACGGCCUAUCGCCUGUAAUAUCUCAUCUAAGCUGAUCGCGCAAUACCCCCGGCUCCAUAUGCGACAACUUUACAACAACCUAAGCCCGGUUCCUGUGCUCGACACAUCCCGAGAACCGGAUUAGUCAUGCAUUUUCCGGGGAAAAGUAUGCAAAUAUACUUUAGUCACUGGUUUGAUUAGUAUAUACUACGCAUUAGAGUAUCGAAGUAGGUAUCUAUCUACAAACUCGGACGACGGGCUUCUCUUGUUGACCCCCCUUAUAACUCAAGCAACACUUCUGACGCUUUUCCCCAUACCGAUUUCUUCAGGCCAUCUUCUGACAUUCUUCUCUCUUGCCCUUGUUCUCAUCGUCAUCCCCAAUUUUAGCAUAACCGUUCUCCAGUUGCUCCUAGCGGUACCACUCAUCUUAGUAUCUCAUCCUAGCUGCUCCGAAUCUCAUAUCCCUUCACUUCUUCACUUUCUCGACUCAGACUUCGCUCGGCCAGUUGAGAGAAUUUCAAUCCAUUCACACACACACACACAAACACAUAUACACACAUACACACACACAGAGAGAGAGAGAGAGACAGGAUGGAAUCAUCGUCGUUCGCCGAGUCUUCCUCAAGCUCAUCGUCCCCACGUCUCACAUCUAAAAGAUUACCGCCGGUAACUGAUUUAGAGUCGGGAUACGUCUCGGGAACUUCGUCGACCGCUGGAUCCUCAGGCGAGCUGCCACAAGUGACACUCACACAACCACAUAUGAAGCAUCUCAACCGACAACUAGAAAAGAUGACUGCCAUGGAUAGACUCCGCUUCGUCAAGGUCUGCUUUCCCAAUCUAUAUCAAUCAACCGCUUUCGGCCUUACUGGCCUAGUAUCCACGGAUAUGCUCUCAAAGAUCGAGAGCGAAUCGCCGGGAUCUUCGCCCGUCGACCUCAUCUUCCUAGAUACGCUUUAUCACUUCGAAGAGACAUAUGCCCUAGUCGAAAAAGUCAAGGAGAGGUACCCGAGCGUCCGCAUCCACACGUACACGCCAAAGGAUGCCAACACUACAGCAGAGUUUGAGGAGAGGUAUGGCGCAGGGCUAUACGACACGGCAGCGGAGUUGUACGACUGGAUUGCCAAGGUCGAGCCGCAACAGAGAGCCUAUUCGGAGUUGAACGUGGCUGCCGUCCUGACCGGCCGAAGGCGUUCUCAGGGAGGCGAACGUGACAAGAUUGGCAUCCUUGAGAUGGACGAAGAGACUGGCAUCGUCAAGAUAAACCCGCUAGUAGACUGGACCUUCGCCCAGGUCAAGCAGUAUAUCACGGAGAACAAUGUCCCCUAUAAUGAACUCCUAGACAGAGGGUAUAAGUCCGUCGGCGACUGGCAUUCGACAUCCCCGGUCUCGGCAGGCGAGGAUGAAAGAGCCGGUCGGUGGAAGGGCCAAGCUAAAUCAGAAUGCGGCAUUCACAACAAGAAGUCUCGAUACGCUCAGUAUCUUGAAGAAAUGCAGCGCAAGGCCGAGGAGGAACAGCUUGCAGCAGCACUCGAGAAAGUGGAAAGAGAGCAGAAGGCAGAGGAUUAAAAUGGUAUUGGAUGAGAGCUUACAACCGUUCUGUCAUAGGAAUGGCGGGUAGAAGGUCGACCUAAUAGGGAGGGGGAAACACCCCCCAAAAGACUGAUGAUCUAUUUAGCCACCAUUGCUACGGGUUGUUAGUAAGAGCCGUCGUUUUUUGGACGUUGUUCGAAUAACUAGUACGGUUGUUCGGUUGCAUAUUUUACCAGGGGUCGAGCU